UCCUCUCUCUCUCUACAUAAAAGAAUUGCACCGAAGGGAGGAGAGAGAAAUGGUGGAGGAGAGCCGAGUAAUAAUGGCAGGAGGGAAGGGAACCUUCUUUUCCUGACUCCCCUGCGGCUGCAGCUCAUCAUUUGUCCCUGAUCCUUGUGCUCCGUUCCGGCUGCGGUUGGUCUCUCUUGGGCCAUUUGGAUUUGGGGUGGUGGUGGACGGUUGACUGAGUCGCCAUCGUGGAGGUGGGAGAGAGACUGGCCCCCCGCCGCCAUUGGGGCUCCUCUCGCGAUCUCGCCUUCCCGUCGCCGCCAUUGCCAUUUUCUUGGGGGAGGUUGAGCGAGUUUAGGCUGGGAUGGACGGAGACAUCGCGAUGGAGGAGUGGAAGGAUCCGAACCAUCGAGGCGCGGAUUACCUUAUGCCGCCGACGAAUUUCCUCGCCGACGCGUUCCCGCCGGCGGAAGCGCUGGGGAGAGAAGGCGGUGGCUCCAAUGUUGUCGCCGCCGGCGGGUUCGAGAGGCAUGGCCUGUCGGUGGCCGUCGGCUCGCCGCCGCCCCCGGAGGAAAGGCGCUCGUCGCUGCCCCCGACGCCGCAGUUUGGCCAGAGGUUCGGCUCCGGUUCCGGCUCCGGCGGCGGCGGCGGAGGCAGACGCCUCGCCGACAGGAGGGCGAGAGGCGGGUUCAGCCACAUCGCCAGGAUCAGCGUGCCGUGCAACCCGCCGCCGGCUGCGGCCGCCGCGCCGGCGGAUGUGUCGUCUGCUGGGGCUCCGUCGCCUUACGUGACGAUCCCGCCUGGCCUCAGCCCGACGACCCUGCUCGAAUCGCCGAUCUUCCUCUCCAAUGCCAUGGGUCAGGCCUCGCCGACCACGGGGAAGUUGCAUAUGCUUGGUGGUGUCAACGACAAUGAUCCUAUCAGAUUUGGAGCCCCUCCAACUGAAGAAGUAUCUGGCGCAUUUUCUUUCAAGCCUCUGAAUCUAACAUCCUCACACUACACAGCUGCAGAAAAGUCGGAAUCUCUACCCAACAAUCAGUAUCAGUCGCUGCCAAGAACGCAGGUUUCUGUCAAGACUGAAGCUAACACUCAAACGGCACAAGAGGCAGCGAACCAGACGAGCCAGAGCCAGCUGAUGCAGCAGCAGCAGCAGUUCAACGGCCAGGUUGCUGUUGUGAAGAGCGGCUGCAAGAUCAGCCGCGCUGCACCUGACAACGCUGCCGGCGGCGGCGCGUCGCCUCCGGAUCACGGCCAGGCGGCGGAAGGCGACGGGAAGGGGGACUCCGCGGCGGUCGCGUCGGCCGCCGCCGCGGCGCUGACCGAGGACGGGUACAGCUGGAGGAAGUACGGGCAGAAGCAGGUGAAGCACAGCGAGUACCCGAGGAGCUACUACAAGUGCACGCACGCCGACUGCGUGGUGAAGAAGAAGGUGGAGCGCUCGCACGAGGGCCACGUCACGGAGAUCAUCUACAAGGGCACGCACAACCACGCGAAGCCCGCGGCGAGCCGGCGGCCGCCGGCGCAUCCUUCGCCCGGCGACGCGCAGGUGGACCACGCGCCCGACGGCGGCGGUAACGCCCCGGCGGCAGUCGCCGGCGCCGCCGCCAACGCUGGCGGACAGGCGAGCGCGGAGGCGAGGCAGCUGUGGCACAGCGGCGUGGGCGGCGAGGGACUGGAGGUGACGUCGUCCCCCUCUGUCCCCGGCGAGCUCUGCGACUCGACGGCGUCGAUGCAGGUGCAGGACGGCGCGGGCGCGGCAACGCAGUUCGAGUCCCCGGACGGCGUCGACGUCACGUCUGCGGUGUCCGACGAGGUGGAGAGGGACGAGAAGGUGACACACGUACUUCCCGCCGCCGCCGACGGCGAGAGCGACGAGCUGGAGCGAAAGAGAAGGAAGCUAGAGUCUUGCGCCAUUGAGAUGAACACCGCGUCGCGGGCGGUUCGGGAGCCGCGAGUCGUGAUCCAGACGACGAGCGAGGUCGACAUCCUCGACGACGGCUACCGCUGGCGCAAGUACGGGCAGAAGGUCGUCAAGGGCAACCCGAACCCAAGGAGCUACUACAAGUGCACGCACCAGGGGUGCUUGGUGCGGAAGCACGUGGAGCGCGCGUCGCACGACCUCAAAUCGGUGAUCACCACCUACGAGGGGAAGCACAACCACGAGGUCCCGGCGGCGAGGAACAGCGGCCACCCCGCGGGCGGCUCGGCGCCACCAGGCGGCGGCGCGGGGUCAUCGCAGCCCCACGCCGGCGCGCGCAGGCCGGAGGUGCCGUCGAUGCAGGACAGCCUGAUGAGGCUCGGCGGCUGCGGCGCGUCGCCGUUCGCGCCCCACUUCGGCCUGCACCUGCCUCCUCCCCGUGACCCGCUCGCGACGAUGAGCAACUUCCCGUACGCGCUCGGCCACGCGCCGUCGCCGGCGCUGCCGAGCCUGCCACCGCCGCCGCCGGGGCUCGGCGGCGUGGUAGUGGAGGGGCUCAAGUACCCGAUGCUGGCGCCGCCGUCGGCGCACCACCCGCUGCUGAGGCACCGCCAGGGCGGCAUGGAGACGGUGAUCCCCAAGGGGGAGAUCAAGCAGAAGACGAUGCCGGCGACGGCGGCGGCGCCGGCUGUGUAUCAGCAGGCGAUGAGCAGGGUGUCGCUGAGGAAUCAGCUGUAGAUAUAGUAAUAAAAAGGAGAGCAAUUUAGGAGCUACUCACAUAUUAAUAUGCUUAGGGUUAAUUCAUCAAUGUUUAGCAUCAUCAUGAUAAGUAUAACCAAUGUCUUCACUUCAGUUCUUGCUCUUGUAAGUCUUUUUUGCAAUUAGUGCUGCUCUUAGUUUAUGCUUAAGUUAGCUUCAGCCCUCCGGUUUUCUCUCUUACUUUCACAUCUGGACAUCUGUGCAUCAGGUGAGUAGUUGAGUUUAUGCAAUGCUAAUCAGCUAGCGUCGGAUGGUUUCUUCACCAUUUUGCUUCAGGAUAGACUGAUGAUCAUUGUUUCAUGCCCAUUGAUGGCAACUGGUACUAUCCACCCAGUUUCCUUUUCGGCUUUGUCACCAGAAGUAAGUUCAUUAGCAUCAUCAUCUUUUUUUUGUGUGGUGUGUAGCCUUACCAAAUUUUGGUAGUGUUUUUGUGAGAGAAUGUUUGGAACUACUGAUUUUUUUUGUAUGAUAGCAAUUGUAAGAGUUUGUUUAGGUUGUUAUUGUACCAAAUGUUGGCAAAGCUAAAUAAAGUUGGAAGUGGUAGUAAACCAUGUAAUAUAUCUCGUGGUCAAUCUUUCCGACGAUCA